CGGACAUUGACGCACGAUCCGUCAACAGAGAGUCUCCCUUAUAAGCUUGCCCACACUCGACUUGGCCGUUGAAAGAUCUCGCCACAAGCACUCUCUACCACUCGAGCUCGACUCAGACCACCACAUCAUCCAACAUUGACACAAGUACAAGGAAAAUUACCACACCAUCACGAAGCACACCUCCAUCACUACCACCACAACCACCACCACCAUGCCUUCCAUGCUCGUCAUCCCCACAGUCUGGCAACCCUCGGCCACACCGAGCUCGCCCAUCAGCCCGCAGCGCCAGCAGCACUUCUCAGCUGGGCCCACGGCGCCCAACAACAACCAGGCCAUUCUCGCCAUCCUCUCCGCCUACGACGAUGUCAUCUUCGACUUCUCCCAGCCCGGCAUGCUGGGCAUGAGCUGGUACAACCUCCUCGCCGCCAACGUGACCGACAAGGUCUACAAGAUCAGCAUCUCGGGCAACAGCAACAGCAACUCUUCCUCGACCACUGCGUCUCAGCAACCAACCCCUCCCAGCGACGGCACCCCGCGGAUGGAGCUCAACGCCGACAUCGACGGCGUCUACGACUGGUGCGCGGACCAGGCUUGGUGGGCCGCCGAGAACAACGACCAGCAGCACCACCCGGCCUGCUCUGCCGGUGCCCUGUCCCCGAGCCCGUUCACCAGCAUGAGCUUCGAUCCGGCGGCCAUCGCGGCCGUCGCCGAGGCCCGCAAGGCCAACAGGGAGCAGAAGGUGUUCCGGUUCGAGAACGGACACUACGCGAGCAGCCGCCCCCGCAAGGAUCUCAAGAUUGUCAGCAGGCCUGCUGCUGCUACUGCUCGUGCUGCUCCCGCCACUUCCGGGUGAGGUGUUCAUGUCUGGUGCGAUUAGAUAUGGGUUGGCGAGGAACUUGCGAUUGCCCUUUGAGGUUUCGAACAUGGAUAGGCUUUUGUCUUCCCCCGUUGCUGGAAUCUAUGACAUGUAGUACUGCCUGAUUUUCAAAGCAUGAGGUUGGGGGAUAUGGGGGCCGGCAUAUGAUAGGAGGGAUGGAGUUGAGCAUGCUGGACUGCAUCGGCGUUUGCGCGGGUACUGUUUCUUAGCAAGAUUGCACAUUCUCUUAAUGGUUUCUCCGGUUCAAAGUUGUCUCGUUGUUGUGCUUUGCUUGAAGUGUUUAGCUACAGUCUCGUCCACUGGGCAAGCUGGGGUGUUCAACAUUCAAAGUUCUACUGUUUUCGAACAUCGCAAGGGCUUCUGUGUCUUUCGAGUGGCCGGUUCAGGUUCCGUGCCAUGAGAUUUCCUGCUUGCAAACGAACCAGUACUUCACCAAUGGUCAAAGGGUUAAAACGAAAUCAAACAUGUUCCUUCAA